AUGUGCUUCGGUCCCAUCCCGAAGCUUUACACACCUGGACGUUGGACCAGGCUACUCUUGCUCGGGGACAACACGUCUUACGAGACGGGCAUGGUAAUGAGCGCAGUCGUGUCCAGAGCUGUGCAGACAAUGAAGGCUCCACGCUGGACCUUUCCGACCGACCCAGUAGCUGCCACGGACUUGCUACACCCGGGCGAGUCUCUUCGGCCCAUCCACCCGGAGGCCUUGGGCGGUGGCGCGGCCGUGAACUUGCUA